GCCAGGGGUCGGAGCCGUGGGGGACAGAAGCUGGAGCCCGUGCAGCCGCGGCCCCUUUAAGGAGCCGCUCUGCGGUAACCCGAGACCGCAGUCCGGGCGGGCGCGGCGGCCGCGGCAGCAUCUGAAGCCUCGGCGACUGCUCCUCCAAGCGGCCCGGAGCCCGCGGCUUCCCUGGCUCCCGCGAGUAUCUCGCCGGGUGGCUCUGGCCGGCGCCAGCCUUCGGGCCGGGCCGGAUGACCAGGAGCCUGUAACCACCGCCGCCCACUCCCGGCCCGGCGCUGUCGCCGCCCGCGCCCGAGUCGCCCCGGGACCCGGCACAGCUGCUCUUCUCCAGAACAGCUAGUUUCCCAGCCUUCUGCCAGCUGCCAGCCACAUGUAGAGGUCGAAGAAUAUGGAUACCAACACCAAACUGGUCAUCAGCACACUUUGUACCAGCUUUUUCACCUUUCAGCUUCUUUUCCACUUUGUAAGUUAUUGGUUUUCAGCAAAAGUUUCUCCAGGUUUUAAUAAUCUCAGCUUUGAAAAGAAGAUUGAAUGGAACUCAAGGAUAGUAUCUACAUGCCAUUCUUUGCUGGUUGGGAUUUUUGGCCUAUACAUUUUCUUCUUUGAUGAGGCUACCAUAGCAGAUCCACUUUGGGGUCAGUCAUCACUUGCAACCAUGAAUAUUGCUACUGCUUCAGGCUACCUCAUUUCUGAUUUGUUGAUUCUCAUUUUGUAUUGGAAAGUGAUUGGUGACAAAUAUUUUAUAAUUCACCAUUGUGCGGCGCUGUAUGCAUACUACUUUGUAAUGAAAGAGGGAGUGCUGGCAUAUAUUGCGAAUUUCCGACUGCUUGCAGAGCUUUCCAGCCCUUUCGUAAAUCAGCGGUGGUUCUUUGAAGCUCUGAAGUAUCCUAAGUUUUCUAAAGCUAACGUCAUCAAUGGGAUUCUCAUGACGGUGGUAUUCUUUGUCGUGCGGAUAGUAGCAAUACCUCCUUUGUAUGGCUUCAUGUAUUCCGUGUAUGGAACAGAACCCUACAGAAGUCUUGGAUUUUUAAUCCAGUGUUCCUGGAUCUCAACUUGUGUUGUUUUGGAUGUGAUGAAUGUCAUGUGGAUGAUCAAAAUUUCAAAAGGGUGCAUGAAAGUCAUCUCUCUCAUCAGACAAGAGAAAGCCAACAAUAGUCUUCAGAAUGGAAAAGUUGACUAAAGGUGUGAUUUUUCAAACACCUUCAUUUAGAUAAGCAAUCCUCAUUGCUACCCAGCAUUAUACCUACUACUAGGAUGAAAUCUUGGCAUGUUCUUGUGCUUUGUUAUUAAUUAUAAUUGUUAUUCAGGGUUUCAGUGUCAUUUUUUUUUUUUUUUACCUUUAGAAAAAAGAAACUAAAAUUUAGUUUUCAUUCCAAGAUUUCCUCUUUUCUUCUGCAUUAUAGGCAUGGAUAAAAUCUUAAAGGUUUAAAUAAAAAUUGUAAAUGUAGCGGUGAAUUUUUCUAGAAAUCUCUCAGCCUGCACUGGUAUUUUUCUAUGUGGAAAGAUGACUGUGAUGAUUUGGCACACUUGAUGUGUCACCAGUUUUGCAGAAAGGAUGGAAACUACUUUGAAAUCUGUAAAUAGCACUCAACAUUUUGUUAUGCUGCACUCUCUUCUCAUGUCAACACCUAUAUGGGGUUUAAUUUCUAAAUUGUUGACAUGUUCUUUUCCUAGGUUAUUAGAAAUGACUUUUUUCAUUUCAGAUAUACAUUCAUCUAUUAAUGAUGAAGGAUUUUACUCACUUUGGUAAUAUUUCAUUAGUUUAGUUAUGGAAAAUACUUCUGCAUUUUACAGUUUUUUAGAUGUCACUUCUAUUUUUAGUAUUUUAUCAAAUUAUUUCUUAUUUUAUAGUAAGGCUUAAGACAGACAUUUUGAACCUCCUUAGAGGAUGAAUUUCCUCUUCUAAAAAUGCAUGUUGGUACAUGACCACUUAGGCUGAUAGGAGGAAUAAUUAAGAGAAAAGUUUUAAGAUUGCUGUUUGUCUGCUUCCCUUGCAUUUUUUCUAUGAAAAUUAUGUUAUUUCUAUUUGCAAAUCUCCCCAAUUUCAGAAUCCAACAUCACCAUACCAAUUUUAUGCAGUAUGGAUCUAUCCUACACCUUCAAUAAGCCUCUUGUUGUUGAGACCGAAACUACCAAAAAAAAAAAAAAAUCAGUAUUUAUAUCUUUUUUUUUUUUUUUUUUUUUUUUUUUGCAGUGCUGGGGAUUGAACCCAGAGCCCUAUGCUUUUAAGGCAAGCACUUUACCAACUGAUCUAUCUUCCCAGUCCAGUAUUUAUAUCUUACUCACAAUUUACUCUCAUGCUUGCUUAGCAUUUUGAGUGUUUUGAAUUUUUCUUAAAGAGCAGGAGGGAAAUUAGGUAAUUUAAUUCAAAUUCAAGCAUUGCUUUUCAAAAUUAUUGUCUUAUGUGAAGAUAAAUGACUUUUUUUGUGUGUGUAUGUGUUCACUUUGUUUCAUGCAAUCCAAAUAUAGAAUUAUAUAUUUAGUUCUUAAUACCUUUAUUUAUUUUUCUCAAGUACUUGAUUUAAUGAUUGUUCUUAAUUAAGAAAAAAGAUUUAGUUUAACUAGUGGUGAAUACUUGAACUUAAUUGAACCCAAACCUAAAGAUCUAAUCCAUUAUUUCUCAGUUCGAAGGACAAUGUUUGGUUCAGUUUCAUUGCUCAUUUUAGGAUGGUGAAAGGAGUUUAGCUGAAUAUCAUAAAUACUUUUAAUUUGACUCUUCAAUGCAGAUAGAGCCUGAUAAGUUCUAGAACUCAAAGACAAAUUGAAAUCUUAGUAUAUAACUAAAUGAUAAAACAAGGUUGAUUGGCUUAUAAUGGCACAUUUAUUUUUGGAAGACAAAGUAAUGCAAAUUGUAGGUAUUUAUUUUAAAGCAGUUAAUAUUACAUUGAUAAUUGAUUACUAAAUUUAUUGCUGCCCACAUUAGAGGCAUUUAAAUAUGUACUGGUUAUCUAGAGUGUGAGGGUGUACAAAAACAAGUGAUUUUAUCUUGUUCUUGCUCUUUGCAAGAAAAGUAGCUUUUUUAAAAAGGAAGACAUUUAUAUUGCAAAACUAUUUUGGAAAUUGAUUUAUUUAGAAAGUAAAUGUUGAAAUAAAUAUUUUUGACUCUUUGGAUAUUUCUAUAAUUGUAAACACAGAUUUUAAACCCACCAUUAAAAUGACAAAAAUAUAAAGCUAUGUUAGUGAGUCUCCAUAUAGCAGUUUCAAUAGUUGUUUCAUGCUUUCAACUUCAUUUUUACUGUCACUGACAUUACCUUUCACUGAUUGGCAUAACUACUCAUUAAGUAAUUGUAUUUAAAAUAUCAAAGUUUUGAACUAAGGCUUGUUGUUCUCCUAGCAAUCCUUAUGCUGGCUGCAUGACAGUUAAUUCAGUCUCCAUAUUCAGUAUUCAGAAGUAGUGCUAUACAUUUUUACAUACAGAAGAUAUGAAAUGGAAAUGUCAUGACAAACUGUCAAGCUUCUUUAUGUCAGAUCUUUACAGGGGCUAUACUUUGCUGUUCUGCAAUUGUAUCCAUCUACCUAAAAUAUAAAUAAAGACAGAAUAUAUCAUUUAUUAAACAAUGAAUUUUCAUUUGUUAAGUGACAAACUUUUGCUAGACAUUUUGGAUAUUUAGUAUUUUGGCUACACAGAUUAAUUUAAAUGAUUCUAUCAGGCAUUCUGAUAUUUAAUAACUAUUAAAAUAUUUAUAGAAAAUAAAUGCAAAUUGGUAUAAAUUUUUAAGCAAUUCUAUUUUUCUAGAAAAUUCGUGACAACCUGUGUAGUAUUCUAGAAAAUAAAAGUUCUUGCAAAACUUAAACAGGAAUGAAAAUCAACUAUUAACUUGCAAAAUCACAGAUUCUACAUUAAAGGUUUUAUUUGUAAGAAUUUAAAAAUUGUGAACUUGAGCUUAUAGAGUUUGCGUUCUUAUGUCUAAAUUCUUUUAAAGGAUUUUUUGCUUUUAUUUAAAACUCAAAACGAAGUUAUAUAUGAGUGUAAAGAAAUUAACUCAAGCUUAAAUUACCCUAUAGUACGUUGACUUUUUAAAAAUUGUGUUAUUUUAUAGAUUAAUUCUCUGUUAAGUGAAAUGAUAGUUAUAUUGUUACCAUCUCUUAAGAGUGACUCUGAUAUAUUGUGGAUGACCCAGUACUGUCUUAAAGGUCUGGUUUUGAAAACUGACUAGUUUAUAGGUAUUUGAAUCAAAUUCUUAAUUUUAAUAAUUUCUUUGACUUGAACCAGGUUUUUACUAAAGUGACAGUUUUUAAAUUUUACAACUUCUCUGAGAUGGAUUGGGCGUUUGGAGAAUGUUCUUUAUGGUAUGAAAGGUAUGCUUUAUAUGUUUCUCAUCAUGCACUUAGAAACGUUAUUCUCAUGGAGAUACAUAGGGGAAAGAACUGUUGUGCAUGUUUUUUUUGUUUCAUCUUUAAAGGAAAUAAACAAAAGACCCUAUUAAAAUGAAUAUUUGAAUAAAUUUCUGUUUCUAUGUUGCUCUUAACUCCAAAUAUGUAGAUAUCCAUCUGGAUUGGCAUUUAGUGGUUUAGUCUGUUGCAUGAAAUGGAAAAGCACACCUAUUUGUUGACAUCAUCAAUUAUACUUCAUAGAAACUUAUGUUUUGGUAUAUGUUUUGGAUUCCAUAAGAAGCCAAUGUGUCAUUUUAUCUGAGGAGUUACUCAGUGUCUCAGCACGUCAGAGCCGGCACAACAGUGAGACCCUUUCUGUGUGCAGAGACUGGAGGCACACGCACCUCCCAGCCUUAACCACAGCUCACUUGCACUAAAGCUGAAAAAUGAAUUCUGUUUGUAUUUUGGUGCUGAGGAUUGAAUGCAGGGCCUUGUGCAUGCCACACGUGCACUCUACAACUGAGCUGCAGCCCCAGCCCUGAAAAUGAAUUCUGAUGCAAAAAUAUGGUAGGAAUGAGAAAAACUCACAGGACCUAGAGUUGGAGGAGACACUGAGACUGUUUUUCCCUUAAAAGAUGAAGGUUCUUCCUCAUCCAGAAAUUUUUCUCCGAGUCCUUUCAGCCCGUCCAUUACUUCUUCCUAAUACCCCAAAGACUUCCUCAGCACCUCUCUUCCUUAUGCUGACACCUUUCUGUAUCAACUUCUGAGACAUCCCAGUUCACCUGUAAGCUGCUCAGUCUGCUGACAAAUUUAAAGGUUUACAAAUAGUUUCUGUCAUUUUAAAAAGCUUUGUAGUAAGUUUAAGUAGAGAUCAGACAAACCAUAAUUUAUUAACAGGCUUCAGGAAGCCAUUGAACAUUUAAUACCUGUUUAUAACACAAAGCAAAGCUAAUUAUGGUUUUAUUAAGAAACAUCUGUAAUCUCUUUCUUAAACUGGUUUAGCAAUAAGAGUUUUAUAAAGUGUUUCAGCUGGGGUUUUAUUGUUGGCAUGUAAUUAUGCAAAUGUUCUUAGACCCCAUGACAGAAGGGGGGAGUGUGGGGAACUAACCUAACUCUAUUAUGAGGUGGGGGAUAUGACUUGUAACAGAGUCCUGCUCUACCAUAGAGCAAUCUUUGUUAUGGUAAUAUUCAUAAAAACAAACUUACUUGCAAACAGAUAACUUGGUGUUUCCCGGAAUACAACAUCCACUGACUUGACAAGGACUUGAACUCUGUUUCUUUCUUACCUAGAUUUCAAACAACCUCUACUAUCUUUGAUAUAAGAACCUUCAUUGGAAGAUAUUUUGGAGUGCAGUGAAGGAUUGUAGGCAUCUCCUAAAGAUCUCUUUUUUUCUUUUUGCACUGAUAAUGUUUACACUUACUGAGCAGCAGUUUUGAUACCAGGCCCUACACACAGACCAAAACAAUGAGAAAUGUUUCCAAAUCUCAAAUAUUUAUAAGUACAAUACCUCUGGCUGAAAACUUGUUAAACAUCAUCUGUAUAUUUUGUUCUUUAUAUUUUUAUGUAAUGCUUUCUGUAAUUAAAUGCACAUCAGUUAUUUGCUACUUGUUAACAAAACAAGAAUACUGCUGUAAAUGUGCUGUAUCUUUUUGUUUCUUGCUUGGUUUGUUUCUGGUCUGAUUAUGUCUACUUUUUACUUAAGGAAUGUUCAUGUGGAUAAUACUCUAACUUAUAACUAUGAUAGGUUAUGAGUUUUCUUUUGAUAAUCAUUAGAAUUUGUAAUAGUGACAUUUAAGCAGACUUUAUUUGAAAAAGCUACUUGAAAACUGCAGUACAUGCAAUAGCUAUGGGAUAUAUAUAUCUAUAUAUCUAUAUGUCUAUAUAUAUACAAUUUUUCCUGAAAAUAUAUAAUAUACAAUAUGUAAUUGUCAAAGAUUUUUGGAGGUUUCUCAAAAUACAUUUAACAUUUUGAGAGUCACAUACUUUUAAAUUUAUUUCCAUAAAGUUGAACUUUUAUUUAUAGAAUAUAAGACUAGAUAAUUUGUAAAUCAGUGUUACUAAGACUAAUUAAAAUAUGAUAUAGUAUUCUUUAUUUUGGUUUCUGGUUGUGCUUUAUCUGAAGGGAUACUGUGUCUUUCAAUAUUUUCAUUAAAAUUUUGAAAUGUUGUAUACUUUGUAUGUGUACCAUUUAAAAUUAUAUGCAAGUUCUAAGCAAUAAUCCGCAUGUUAUAUAAGGUCAGCCUACUUUGUCAUGACUAUUUAAUACUAAUUUUAAGAAUGAUACAAAUCACAUUCUAUAAACUACUUCCCCAUGAACACCUUUGGAUUUUCUUGUGCUGGAACACUACUAAAAUGUAGUGCAAAGCUUUGUAUUUUGUGAACAAAAAUAAAAUUAAUUAUUUAGU